AUGGACGCUAUUAAGAAGAAGAUGCAGGCCAUGAAGAUGGAGAAGGAUAGCGCCAUGGACAAGGCCGACACUUGUGAAGGCCAGUCCAAGGAUGCGAACCUUCGUGCUGACAAAGUGAAUGAAGAUGUGAGAGAUUGUCAAAAGAAAUUGACUCAGGUAGAAAGUGAUCUGGAAACAAACAAGAAUAAGUUGGAAGAGGCCAUCAAACAGUUAGAGGAUAGAGAAAAGGCACUUACUGCGGCCGAAAGUGAAGUAGCUGCUUUGAACAGGAAAGUCCAGAUGAUUGAAGAAGACCUUGAAAGAUCCGAAGAAAGGUCUCAAGCUGCUGCAUCGAAAUUGGCUGAGGCUUCUCAAGCAGCUGAUGAAUCUCAACGUAUGUGCAAAGUACUAGAAAACCGUAGCCAGCAAGACGAGGAACGUAUGGACCAAUUGACUAACCAAUUAAAGGAAGCUCGUCUCUUAGCUGAAGAUGCUGAUGGAAAGUCUGAUGAAGUUUCGAGGAAACUUGCUUUUGUUGAAGAUGAACUUGAAGUAGCAGAAGACCGUGUGAAAUCUGGAGACUCAAAAAUCAUGGAGUUGGAAGAAGAAUUGAAAGUUGUCGGAAAUAGCUUGAAAUCGUUGGAAGUUUCUGAAGAAAAGGCCAAUCAACGAGUGGAAGAGUACAAGCAUCAAAUCAAACAACUCACUGUAAAAUUAAAGGAGGCUGAAGCUCGUGCUGAAUUUGCUGAGAAGACCGUUAAGAAACUGCAGAAGGAAGUUGACAGACUUGAAGAUGAACUCGGCCUCAACAAAGACAGAUACAAGUCUUUGGCUGACGAGAUGGAUUCCACGUUUGCUGAAUUGGCUGGAUAUUAACCCUCUAGACUUAGCCACAUAUUAAAAGGAAUUUACAUUUGAAGUAAAUAAUUACCCAAUGAUUUUAUCAAAUAAUAUUACCAUCAUCAAUUCUAUUAAUAAAUCAAAAGAAUAUUAAAUUAAAUUA